AUGCCGACGGCGAAAAGGCUUCUCAGUGACGGGUGGAGAGUUGCUCUCGUUGACAUCCUCGAGGAGGAGAAGGCCCAGGGUUUGCUGGACAACUCGGCAGAUCGCGCCAUGUAUAUCAAAUGCGACCUGGCCAACUAUGAAGAUCAAGCCCAAAUGUACCAGGAUGUCUGGUCGAAAUGGGGGCGGCUUGACGCGGUGAUUGCCAAUGGAUCGAUAGUGGACAAGCAGUCGCUCUUGAUGUUUGACCGGCGAGGGAGCAUUGAACUUCCCCCGGCCCCAGAUCUGGCGUGUACAGAUGUUGUGGCCAAAGGGUCAAUUUAUGCGGUGCGCCUGGCGACACACUUUAUGAGGCAGAACCGAAACCCGGGCGGUCAUAUCGUGUUGGUGGGCUCUGGUGCAGGGCUGUAUUCUCUGCCUCUCUGGCCGGAGUAUGCAUCGGCCAAAGCAGCGGUGAGUCGAGUGGAGUUUCGUCUCGAUCUACCGUUUGACUAUGCCGGGACAAUGGAAGCUGAACAUGAAUUGGGGAAACAGGUGAUGAGCUAUGGCCGGGCAAUGGCACCCAUUCUGAAGGCCAAAGAAAAUAUCCUCCUGAACAUUGUCGUUCCCAGCAUUGUAAGAGUCGGCGCAAUUACCGGCUCCGAUGUGCUCGCGGGCGUGGGAUUUGCCCAGACCACCUCAAUCGAAAGCAUCGUGGAGGCUUACGUCCAUUACGUCAAUGUGGCAGACACGUCGGGAGAAAUGGUGGAGGUUUCGGCGGAAAAGCCCUAUGUGGUGCCGCGGCAGCCGUUAGUCAAUGGCGAAGCCAGUCGUGUGUGUCGAGAUAACUGGGGUCCGUGGUUCAAGAUGAUCCACGGAGAACCAUCGAAUAUUCCGGGGGAACAGACCUGGUAG